AAUGGUGAUGAGAUUGAGGUUCGAUGUAACACAGACUUCACUGUCAAUGGCAGAGAGGCAGUGACCGCUACUUGUAGGAAUGGAGCCUGGAUGCCUGCACUACCACGUUGCGAGGUUACAUACAAGCGCUCUUGUUCUCGUCCUGUGGCAGUCCCAGAUGUCAGACAGUAUGUUGACGAUUCAAUCAAGCUACUUGACACCCCUCACCCUUCGUUCUUCCAUGAAUCCACCAUUAUGUCACGGUGUAAGGAUCCAUUAACAAUGACACUGGUAACUGGUCCGCUUCGCACCUGUAAUGACGGCAGAUGGACUGGACCUGUGCCAGUAUGCGUGCGAGCAUCAACUAGCUUCAGCCUCCCAGCCUUACGUACCACGCUCCAUCAGUUCAUGGCUAAUGGAACCUUGCUCAUCUACCCUGGUGUUGGUCAGUUGAAUGUGGAUUGCAUCGUCUCCAGCGGUUACCCAGUUUUAGAACACAGUCACUCACAACAAUGGACUCCAGGUGGUCAAGGAAAAAAGAAGUAUGGUGUGCCUGCAGAAGGCCAUUCAGGGACUUAUACCUGUAAGAAGUUUGGGUGGCCAACUGCAUUUCAUCGGCUUAUGAUACAGGUAAGAGCCGUUUCCUGUUCAGAGCCAAGUCCCCCGUUAAACGGUCGUCGUAUCGGCGAUGACUUCCGCCUAACAGAGUCAGUAUCAUUUGAAUGCAACGAGGGCUAUGAUCUCAUCGGGGAACGGACGAUCAAAUGCAACCUUGGUGAAUGGUUGGGAGAAAUACCGCGCUGCAGAGCUCGGGACUGUCCAGAGAUCAACAUGGCAAACCUAGACUCCAACCUACGACUCACGAUAAAUGGAGGCAACUCACCAGGCUCAGUAGUGAUGUUUACUUGCCAAUCCGGAUUCCAUCGGGUAGGAGAAACACGCCUCACUUGCCAGGGUGGCAGCUGGUCUCCUCCCUUCCCUACUUGUGAAGCCGAUGUUCCUGAUGACACAGGCCCGCUAUUUGGGCCGGAUGACUGCAACUGUGAGGUUUGGGAGAGAUGUGUGGCCAACAGCAAUGGCCCAUCAACAUGCCACUGUAUCCACCCGCGGCAGUGUGAUGACGUAGGCCAGGAGCAAUACUGUGGGAGUGACGGUCGAACGUACCCCAGCAUCUGCAGAAUGAAGGCUGCAGGCUGUCUGCUGGACUUGGACAUACAGGUCGUCAGCAAUGGACCUUGCCCAGAAAUAACCGAACCACCUGUGGCAGCUGCAACAUGUCCCACACCAUCAGUCCCCAAUGCCCUCAUCUACCACCGUGGCCAAAACAUUGCCACAGCAGGCUUUGAAAUCAUCUUUGGUAAUCGUGAUGAGAUUGAGGUUCGAUGUAAUACAGACUUCACAGUCAAUGGCAGGGAGGCAGUGACUGCUACUUGUUGGAAUGGAGCCUGGACGCCUGCACUACCACGUUGCGAGGUUACAUACAAGCGCUCUUGUUCUCGUCCUGUGGCAGUCCCAGAUGUCAGACAGUAUGUUGACGAUUCAAUCAAGCUACUUGACACCCCUCACCCUUCGUUCUUCCAUGAAUCCACCAUUAUGUCACGGUGUAAGGAUCCAUUAACAAUGACACUGGUAACUGGUCCGCUUCGCACCUGUAAUGACGGCAGAUGGACUGGACCUGUGCCAGUAUGCGAGCGGGCAUUAACAAGCUUCAGCCUCCCAGCCUUAGAUACCACGCUCCAUCAGUUCAUGGCUAAUGGAACCUUGCUCAUCUACCCUGGUGUUGGUCAGUUGAAUGUGGAUUGCAUUGUCUCCAGCGGUUACCCAGUUUUAGAACACAGUCACUCACAACAAUGGACUCCAGGUGGUCAAGGAAAAAAGAAGUAUGGUGUGCCUGCAGAAGGCCAUUCAGGGACUUAUACCUGUAAGAAGUUUGGGUGGCCAACUGCAUUUCAUCGGCUUAUGAUACAGGUAAGAGCUGUUUCCUGUCCAGAGCCAAGGCCCCCGUUAAACGGUCGUCGUAUCGGUGAUGACUUCCGCCUCACAAAGUCAGUGUUAUUUGAAUGCAACGAGGGCUUUGAUCUCAUCGGGGAACGGACGAUCAAAUGCAACCUUGGUGAAUGGUUGGGAGAAAUACCACGCUGCAGAGCUCGGGACUGUCCUGAGAUCAACAUGGCACACCUAGACCCCAACCUACAUCUCACGAUAAAUGGAGGCAACUCACCAGGCUCAGUCGUGAUAUUUACUUGCCAAUCCGGAUUCCAUCGGGUAGGAGAAACACGCCUCGCUUGCCAGGGUGGCAGCUGGUCUCCUUCCUUCCCUACUUGUGAAGCCGAUGUUCCCGAUGACACAGGCCCGCUAUUGGGGCCGGAUGACUGUAACUGUGAGGUUUGGGAGAGAUGUGUGGCCAACAGCAAUGGCCCAUCAACAUGCCACUGCAUCCACCCGCGGCAGUGUCAUGACGUAGACCAGGAGCAAUACUGUGGGAGUGACGGUCGGACGUACGCCAGCAUCUGCAGAAUGAAGGCUGCAGGCUGUCUGCUGGACUUGGACAUACAGGUCGUCAGCAAUGGACCUUGCCGAGAAAAUGAUUGUAACUGUGAGGUUUGGGAGAGAUGUGUGGCCAACAGAAAUGGCCCAUCAACAUGCCACUGCAUCCACCCGCAGCAGUGUGAUGACGUAGGCCAGGAGCAAUACUGUGGGAGUGACGGUCGGACGUACCCCAGCAUCUGCAGAAUGAAGGCUGCAGGCUGUCUGAUGGACUUGGACAUACAGGUCGUCAGCAGUGGACCUUGCCCAGAAAGUCCAAGUUUGCAAUUGCCCACUGAAGAUUCCUUGUUGUCCGACUAUUCUUCCGAGAGUUCAGAGUCACCUGUUGAUCCUACAGGCUCACCAAGCAUGGAAACUACAGAAAGUCGGAACAGCGAGAAUGGAACAACGGAGAGUGAAACAAAUCACGCCGAUGUUCCUGGUGGCACAGGCCCGCUAUUGGGGCCAAAUGACUGCAACUGUGAGGUUUGGGAGAGAUGUGUGGCCAACAGCAAUGGCCCAUCAACAUGCCACUGCAUCCACCCGCGGCAGUGUGAUGGCGCUGUGGGCCAGGAGCAAUACUGUGGGAGUGACGGUCGAACGUAUCCCAGCAUCUGCAGAAUGAAGGCUGCAGGCUGUCUGCUGGACUUGGACAUACAGGUCGUCAGCAAUGGAACUUGCCCAGAAAAUGACUACGCGGCCUGCGGGUACAGUGAAUAUGCAGAACAGAGGAUAUUUGGAAGAAUAUCCGGCGGCACUGAUGCUGCAGAGGGCCAGUGGCCCUGGCAGGUGGCGCUCUUCUGUCAUCGGAACUGCACAAGAUGUGAGCCCAGGUUUUUCUGUGGCGGUAGUCUCAUAGCUCGUAACUGGGUUCUGUCAGCUGCACACUGCUUCAGAGACAACCACUGCCCAUGGUCUGCCAUCAGAGUAUAUACAGGAAUUCGUAAUAAAUCCAGGUCAGCUCUUCGACUGUUGGACCCAGCCCUUGUGUAUACCCUUGAUGGGGACGACGCCCUAAUAAAGCACGAGGCGUUUAAUUCGGACCUUGAUAAUGAUAUUGCCGUUUUACGAUUGAGCCGUGAUGUCAUGCUCAGCUCAGGAAUAAGGCCAAUCUGCAUGCCAAAACUUGCUAUGAAAGAAAGAGCACUUUAUUCACCACACGGCGAACCACCAUAUGUGGCUGGAUGGGGCACUACGCAACCCUAUGAUUACGGUGAUCUGUGCUUGGACGGAUACAGGCCUGUUACCUCGUCUCUCCUUCAAUACCUGGUUAUCCCCGUGCGCACUGACAGAGAAUGCAGGGACAGUUUCAUCAACCACUAUGAGUGUACGAGUGUGUCCUUUUACAAGCCUGCAAUCGCGUUUUGUGCGGGAGUACCGGAGGGAGGCCUGGAUGCGUGUAAGGGAGACUCGGGAGGGCCAGUCAUGAGGCAGAUGACCGUUGCAGACGGCAGCAAACGAUGGGUCCAGAUAGGCAUUGUCAGCUGGGGUGAGGGGUGUGCCGUGGAAGGUCGGUAUGGUAUUUACACAAGACUUUCGGCAUAUACCGACUGGAUUGAAAGUCACACAGCAACCAGAGACUCGAGAUCUGGAUGAAGCUACCCCAACCCCUGAAGAUUCUUCCGAGAGCUCCAUCUACUAUCAUAUUUCACCUCGGGGGUUAAGGCGGCGAAAGUAGGAAUUAUGUUUUCUGUGUGUCCUGCUUGAAACCAUACUUUUCCCGAUAAUUGCCACAUCAAAAAAAAAAAAAAUAUGAAAACAAGUCUGGUGAAUAUUCUAAUGUUUCACCCAAAAUCACAGAUUAAACAAUAUCCAUCAGACGAGAGUUCAAAGAAAUUAGAGGUCAACGCUCAACGAUAGCGUCAUGCAAAGAUUGAUAAUGUACAUUAUUUGUGUACAGGUAGGUCCGAGUGAAAACAAAUCUGAACUCCUGUAUCGAUUUAUCUAUAAAAAAUUACGUUUUGUUUCAUUUUUAAUUUGCAACUUUUCAAUCUCCAUCAUUUUUUUUUUAUAAACUGCCAAUCUUGGACGAUUUACAGUAGGCCUAUAUGGUUUGGCAAACGGGGUGUCAAAAUAACACAUGCAUAUGGCGUUUAUAACACAUGCAACUAUUUAUUUCUUGGUUGCAUUCAUUUGCCGUUCAAGUUUUGGCUUUUUUGUUUUUACUUUAAUCUCUUCAAUACCAGAGGCGUGUGCCUCUUUUAUAUUUAUCAGAAUGCUUAGGGCUCGGUAUCCUGCACAGCAUCAUCAGCAUCCAUUUUGGUGCUGAUCUCAAAUUGCAGGGUAUCAGCACCAAAUGCUUCUGCCGAUUUCCUCAAACUUGGGAGGAACAUUGGUUAGGCCAAAAAAAAAGUCUCCGGUUUCUGGUAUGGAGCUUGC